AUGGCCAACCCUGGGUGGUUUCCAUCAGUUCCCCCCCAGACCCCGCAGCCGUACCAAGGCUGCUCCCGCUGUCCGCCCGGACUCAGCUGUAGCACCAGCUGCAACUGCCCGCCCCGCCUCACCGCACCGGGCCGGCCCCGGAGCCCCGCGGGCGGGCAGGGCCGUGGCGAGCGCUGGCCCCGCGCCGGAGCGACAUCGCCCGGCGGGGAGGAGCCCGGGGCCCUUUCCCAGAGAGGCCACGGGGCUGGUCGGGCGGUCGCAGAGCGGAGAGGCGCCGCCCGGCCCCGCCAGAGCCCGGCGCCCACCCCGCCUCCCGCGCACCUGCCGCGCCCCGCGCAGGAGACGCCCGGCCCCGCCGUGGCGGGCGGCGAUGCGGCAGCGCCCCGCGCCGCCCCCGGGGAGCCGGGCGCCGCCGGCCUCCCGCAAGCGGCGCCCCUGGAGGGUGAGCGCCCGUCUGGGCCUGUCGCCGCAGAGCUCCGCCCGCAACACACGCCCGGAGCGGGGACGGCAGAAGGCGGAGGGACGAGGGGCUGUGGUGGCCUGUCCCACCUUUUCUGCCGGGCACGCGGGGCUCGUCUGCAGCUCACCUGUUCGGGACUCGGUGCCCGCAGCAACGCCCACGGGCUCUCUCGGUGA